AUGACGCCAAGAUGGCGAAGGCGGCGGCGGAACGGGGCUACGACGGUGGCGUUCCAGUUUUGGAUUACUCCAUGUUAGUUGUGGUCGGGGUGGUCGGGUCGCUGCGGGGUGGCGGCCACCUGGAGCGGCUGUUGCUGCACAUCGAGUCGGGUGUGCGCUGCUGGCGUGUCCCGAUGAAGUUGGACAUUCUGGACCAGCAGCUGAAGCUCUUUGUGUCCCGACACUCGGCCUUCCUGUCAGAGGUGGUCCCCGGUCAGCGGACGUUGCAGCACCGUGGAGACAUUCUGGAUGUGCAAGUAGUGCUGAAUCCGGCUCAUGACCUGGUCUGCUCAGAGGUGCGGCGGCUGCUGUGUGAGCCGUCUCGACACAAACUGUUGGUCCUGGCUGGUCAGUUUGUGGAGGAAAGUGGAGACUUGGUGCUGCAGAAAGGCCUCUUCUCCCUUAGCGACUUGAUCCACAUCUGCGCUGACGAAGAGGUUGGUCUCUUGUGGAGCUCGACGCACCCGACGGCAAAGGCGAGUCUUACCCUCAGCUGUCCUGAUUUGGGCCUUUGGAGGGACCCCUUGUUGAAGGACCACAACCAGCAAGACUUCCUAAACAUCCAGGUCAACCCUCCCCUGCUCCUCCCACAGAUGGAGGGUCUGCAAGAGUUCACAGAGUACCUCUCAGAGUCUCUGGAGCCCGAGUCACCCUUUGAGCUUCUCGAGCCCCCGAGUACCGUGGGAUUCCUGAAACUCUCUCGUCCCUGCUGCUACAUCUUCCCCGGUGGUAGAGGGGACUCUGCCUUCUUUGCUGUGAACGGUUUUAAUGUCCUAGUGAAUGGAGGCUCAGACCCCUGUGCCUGCUUCUGGAAACUGGUCCGACAUCUGGACAGAAUCGACUCCGUCCUUUUAACCCACGUCGGUGUGGACAAUCUCCCCGGGCUGAACAGUCUGCUGCUGAGAAAAGUAGCCGAGCAGGACAGGGACUUAGCAGAAGGUCAGGCUGAAGAGGACUGGAUGAAAAAGAUCAUAUCCCCAGAGAUCGGAGUGGUUUUUCUCAAUGUUCCGGAAAGACUGAAGGCCACCCAAGGAGAUCCCAGUGAGCUCUGCAGCGCCGACCAGGGUGUGCUUAUCUUGGAGCACCUACAAAGACUCUCUAUCAAAGCAAAACCUUUGUGUCGCUCGAAUGGGCCCUCCAUUGAGCCGCUGGUGUUGUUCCACAAGAUGGGAGUUGGCCGUCUGGAGUUGUACCCUUUGAAUCCAGUCAGUGGCAGUAAAGAAUUGGAAGAGUUGUUGCAGAAUUUGCCCAAAACCUCCACCUUGAAGAGCUCCGAUCUUCCACUAGCAUGCCUCACUUCCAUUUGUGCUUUGCUGGUCUGGCAUCCUUCCAGCAAUCGGGAAAAGAUCGUCCGAGUCCUUUUCCCAGGAUGCACACCACAGGCCAAAAUCCUGGACGGACUUGAAAGACUCAAACAUUUGGAUUUCCUCAGUGUUCCCGUGGUGAGUUCAAAGGACCUGAAAACAUCCAAAACAGAGAAGUUACCAAAGUGCACUGAGAGUCGAGAAAUCCCUAAGGCCAGAGACUUGCGAGUCAUCGGUGCUUUCCAGAUGGACAAAAGUGGCCGAGUUCCUGUGAAAAAACAGGAGGUGAAACUGAAGCCAAAGGCAGUGGGAGAAGCUGUGUCCAGAGAAAAAGAGCAGGAGGUGAAAUUAAAGCCUGUCAGGCCUUCUGAGAAGCUGAUUCCAAAGAAGGAAGUGAAAAAGAAAGAUGAGAGAAUGACUGCUGCUGUUGAGAAGAAAGAAGAGCGAGAAGGUCUGAGGAAAGACAGUACUAAAACAAAGAAAGAAAACAAACCUAAAGACAAGAAAAUUGUGGCAUCAGUUCCAAAAGAUGUGAAGAAAGUGGUUGGAGCUACAAGUUCUGAAGUGAAAAAAUCUCCGGUCAGGACUCCAAAGACGGACACGUUGAACAAAAGGGCAAAAGGUAAUGCAGAGCGGGACUACCAGGACAACCAGGAUUUCACAGCUGAAGAUGACAACAGGAACAGCAUCAAAAAGACCACGAAACUUCCAAAUUUUGACAGAGCCAGGAAGAACCCCAACGUGACUGAAACAAGUCCAGAGACCUACGCUUGUAUGGACUCCUCCUCAAGACCAAAGGUUUGUGCGUCCUCGGAAGAUCAUCACACCAAAACACUACCCAGCCUGGACUUGGACAGCUGCAACCAGGAAGCUCCUUUCAGGACUUCCACUGUGGAAGCUUCCUUUCUCUUUCAGGACAAACAGUCCACUCUUAUAUUGACAAACAUUCCAGACUCCCUCCCCACUUUGCCUUCUAUUUCCACUGAGGUCCGCCUACUUCAUUGCACUGAAGUUGACCAUUCCCUAUCGGUUUCCUCAGAGCAAAUCCCACCACCAACGAUGAAAUUAGCAAGAGAAUUCUGCUCAAACGGACGUUUGACUGACUCUGAUCACAAUCUGCAGCGGGACUUUGGCCCGGGGCUCAAAGGUAGUUGCAUACUUGGAUCGGAGAAAGGUGUUCACGGCACGUCAGAGCUCAGCGCAGACUGUCCUCACGAUGGUGAUCUUGAUGUUCCUCAUGAUGUUGAUCUGUGCUUGGUGUCGCCUUGCGAGUUCCAGCACCAAAAGAUCGAACCAGUAGAGAACCGGCAGCAGUUUGUGGUCUCUGAUCAGUCCUCCCAGGACCAAGGCGGCAGCACAAGCCAGGAAACCCCACAACCAUCAGUUGGUGACUCACUCCUCAUGGCCCUGGACUCUGAUGUCCCACCUGCGAUAGAAGAUUUCCCUUCCUCGGUCAUGGACGAUGACUUGAGUAGUCCCCUCUAUCCGGGACAUCCCGGCGUGACCCUCUCCCUCAGGCCAGGUCUGCAUUCCUCCCCUGACCCGACAUCAGCCCCGGUCAAGGACUUUCCACCGUUACCACCGCAACCAGAAGCUUGCAUGGCAGACGUCGAUGCCUCAAGCAAGAACCAAAAGACUUCAGUUAGCAAGACAAAAAAAACAGCAGGAACCUUGCAAAGGGGUACUUCUGGAAGCCAAUGUAUCCAGAACAUCAAGUCCAAGGUCAGCAGCACCGCGGCACUUAAAUCGGCCCCCGUCCUUGACACUAAAGCAUCCGCCCGGAUUUCACUGGGUGGAUCGAGAAGUGCAAGUGCCAAACCUUCGGUGUCAGUGACAAAAACCUCUGAGGCCUCUGCUGUCCACGUGGACCUGGCUUACCUGCCGUCCGGGUCUGCCUCGUCCACCAUCAACUCGGACUUGUUCCGACGCCUUCGCUCCUCCUAUUACGUGGUGAGCGGCGAGGAGCGCAUUAAGGUGGCGGCCAUGAGAAGCAUUCUGGAUGCUCUGCUGGACGGGAAGAGCAGCUGGCCAGACACUCAGGUCACGCUCAUCCCGACGUUCGAUUCCGUGGCCAUGCACGAGUGGUACCAAGACACCCACGAGCAGCAGAGGCAGCUGUCAAUCACCGUGUUGGGGAGCAACAGCACCGUGGCCAUGCAGGACGAAACCUUCCCCGCCUGCAAGGUGGAGUUCUGAGCCUGGCUCGGCCCAUCCCUGAUUUUAUGGAGAGUACUUGAUAGCUGUUGUGGUUAAAGGGCACACAUUUGAAACCUGCGGCAACCCUUCGAUUGGCUUGUCUGAGGGCGCUCAGUCCUUCACUUUCUGUCUAGACCAAGAGCUUCAUGCUAGCAGGCUACAAAAUCCUCGGGGGAUUUCCAGGGCACCGAUGAAGAAGCAGGUUCUGGUCUUAAGUUCGCUAGGUCGCAAGUAGAGGGCCUUAAGUAGGGUUGGGGAGGAGGCUUAGGAGCUGGUGGAGGUUCAGGAUGGGAGAGUUUAGGUCAUGGGAGCGUCGUGUGAACGAAAUUGUUAGCUUGGACUUUAUUGGGAGGGGAAAGAAGCGUCCAAGCUUCUGGGUUUUGAGGUUUGUUUAUUUUAUUUAACCCUAAACCGUGGACGUGAAAAGUGAUUCAUUCAUACUGACGAGUAGAUACUCCAACCCUAAAAGCUUUUGAGGAUCAAGUCCUGGUGAGGUGGACUUGAUUAUGUUAUCAUGAAGUUCCCAUCCACCACAUGGAAAGCUAGAAGCUCAUGGUUAUCACUUUGCAAUAAUAAUACACUCGUUAUCAGUGCAAAAACUCCACUCAGCAUACGCCUCCUUGGUGUUGCUACGGUGACCGGACCUGCUCAUUGUGCACUUUCACACAAAGAAGAACAUUAUCUCAGUUGAAAAAGAAAAGCCUGGAUGUCAACCGUCCAAGUGUUGUUUUGCUCACAAAAAUCAUUUGUAUUUAUUUAUUUAUUUUCAUUCUUUUUCCAACGCUCCAUUCUGCAUUUCGACCACUGCGGUACGAACCUCACGUUUGACCGAAACGUUUGACAACUGAAGCAGUCAUUGAAAUAUUGCGCGCCCCUGCCGGCCUUCUUUGGCAACCCCCGCACACAGACUUGUAGAUAAAUGCAAUCAGAUGUAUACUGUACAUACAUCUAUAGUUUGGAUACAUUUUGAAUGAUAUCACAUGGUCCUUUUUAGGUUUCAAGUUAAACCCUUUAAAAUGGUUUGGCAGAUAAUUUCUUCCCAGUUUUUUUUUUUUUUUUUUUUUUUUCCUCUCACUAAACGUCCACUUUGUUAUAUUUACAAAUGUAUUUUUCGAAACUAAACUUUGCACUCCCGCGCACACACUGUGAUGGUUUUGAGACACAAAUUUGAAGUUUCCCCGAACUCACGGCUGUGGUGUCCUUGAGCAAGACGCUGAUACCCGAACUGCCCCCGGGCACUCCGGUGUGUUCCGCUAACAAGUGUGUGUGUUCACUGUGAUGGGGAAAAUGCAGAGAACACAUUUUGUGUGCAUGCUUGCAUGCUCAUGACAAUAAAGGUGAUACUACUUCUUCUUUGUUGAAAGAAAAAGUUCCGUUUCAUGUGUAUUCGUGUACGAAACGUGACCGCAACACGUACCCAGGAUGCAUUGCAUUGCUUGUCUUCUAUUUUGUUUCCUAAGAAAUGACGAAUUCCUAUAAUAAACAAAAUUGUGGAAUGAAGGAAAUGUAAAAACUACACCACGCCUCAACGUGACGUCAUAUACUGAGAAAUGUUCCGGAAAGGCCUUUUUGGUGAAAAGGUCACGUCGGCGAGCGGGCGCGGUUUCGGAGUGCCAGUCAUCCGCUGAGUGCCGUUAACCCGCUAGGGUGACGACUUGUAAAGGAAAAGUGUUGCCGUUGUUUUGUCAUCGUUGCAUGUUUUCUUCUUGACGUGGUGGCAGAUUUGACUGGAUUUGCUUUUCAAUGGCCACUCCGGUCAUCUCAUUGGCUGCAAGUCUUCCCUGUGGCGAGCAGGCGCAUUUCUCAAUAGAGGUGGGCGUGCUGGCCAGUUUUAUGUGGAACUGAUUGGACUUUUUGUCGGCAAUCAAUACUAUGCGCAUUAAAACACCAUAUUCAUUUCCAUGUUUAUUUGUAUUAUCCGUCUCUCAAUUUGCAUUGUUUGUUGCAUUGCAUUGCUGCUCUUCGAAAUGUGACCGUAGAAUGAUUGAUUAUAUUAUAAAUGUUUGAUUUGCAUUUUUUUGGACCAUCCUCUCAAGUUUCGAUGUGCAAAAGAAGUACUUGUACACGUAAAAUAUUGUACAUAUGUUCCAAACAAUAUACAUCACACUGAUGUGUAUGUAUUCUAAGUAACGCGUCUUCCCACUUUACACUCAUUGUGCAAAUAUCACAGGAGCACGAUUACACGAUUAUUACCAGCGUGAAAUAUUUGAGCUCUUUUUUUCUACUCAUCAAUUGUGCUCUUUGUUUUUGCUUGGAUAGAUUAGAAAUACGUGUGUUUGUGUGUGACUAAUACCUGACUGGAUGAAUCAAGUGACUCACUGAAAUUCUUAACAUGCAAAAAAACAAACUCUUCGUCUUUCAAUUGAGUAAUAUGUUGAUUUAUCAAAUAUGUAACUAUACAAUAUGUACUUUUAAUAAAACACGAGCUGCCCGCAGUUCGCUGGGAUAGGCUGCGGCGCGCCCGCGGUUCGUGGAAUGGAUGGAUGGACGAGCAAAUCUUUACACACGUGGCGAGCGUCCCUGGCAACUGUCGAUCAAACGUCCUGUGUUGUAAAUGUGAAAGUGGCGCCGCCUAGAGGCCACACGCGGAAUGUUGCUUGUUGUUUGUACAUUGCAGCACCAGGAUGUGAGCGCGCACACACGCACACGCACACGCACAUGCAGGACUGCAGCGGAAGGCCGCAAGUAGGCACGUCAUCAGGAGGACACAAAGGACGAGCGUGAAGUCAAAAGCUGCGCCGGAACGCCGGCCGCGGGACGGAGGACCGACACCUAGACGACGGCACAGAAGAGCGCCUGACCGAAAACACGACAAGAACCCGGAGGACGCCGUCCGCAGGUUGUCAACGUGAACACGGGAGUACGGACGCCAGUGGCGAUGAACUUAACAUGUUUUUGUAGCAGGUUGCAAAGAGAAUUCCUCGAUUGAUCGGAGGAGAAGAUCCAUGCAAGGUGCGUCUUCUCUUUCUUCUUCUUGUGUCACUCGUCCUCACGUGACCUGAAGACAUCUCACUUUGUCGCGUCCUUGCAGAGGUCAGAGUUCAGCCGGCGGGCGAAGUACACACGAUGAAGCGAGACCAAGCUUCCUGUCGACUGCUCUCGUGGAGGGGUCAAAGUUUACGAGGAUGAGCAGAAAGGUGACGUCGUCGGCCGGGCGUGGCCUAGUUGUACGGUCGAGUCGGCGUCAUCGCGAUGGCGUCGCUCCUAAGCAGAGGUGGGCGGAAUCACGCGUCGAAAGCUGCGUCUCGAGUGCAAAAAUGGCCUCUUCGCACGACCGACGCCUUCACUGAGUAUGUGCGGGAUGACGGAACGCAGUGUCACGCCGCGUCGCGCAAAGCGGGCGCCCGACAUCGUGGCCAAACGUUGAAACAUUUUCAACUCGGGGGCGCCGUCGCUGUGCCGUCAGACGGCGCAUCGAAUAGGAUGGAGGCUGGCAGCGCGAUGAUGAGCGCUGACAGCGGGAAAAGCGUCCAUGCUAUUCCCAGAAGGCCCCCAGCCACUACUUCCAAAUAUGGGCAGGCUUGCACCCGUGCACCAAGAAAACAAAGUGCAGUAUGAAAAGGCCUUUAGCGUCAACUUGCAAGUUAGCGAGGCAACAAUCCAGCAAGUCGGGUCGAGUCAAGUCAGGACUUGGUUUAAAGCUGCAGUGCCUAACUUUUUUUCUUCAAGAGUCCUUUCCACCCGAGCCAGUAUUAGAUGCAGUGGCAGCGAUAGCUCGAAUGGCGCCCUGCGCGACGGCCCUCGAUGGUCGGAAAUGAUGCAUUUUAACGAGCAGUGGGCGGCCCUCGUCUCACGUUUGUUACAAGCUGACUAUUUAUCUUACUUACUUGUUCAUCUAACUUUAACAGAAAAUGAUGACACAAUAAUUACUGUACAAAAACAAUCAUUGCCACGAAUAAACUUGGCACAUCUUUCUGAGGACCUUCAGUCGCCCAACAAGGUGCCUCACGUGAAAUACACGCACCUAACAAUGCACGCGCAAAACGCAGCAAUAAUUUCCAACUCCAUUUUCCGAAGAUUCCAUCUUUCCCCCCCGCCAGCUAUUCGUCGAAACAGAAUCAAAAUGUUGUAGAAUCACAUCCAAGGGGCAGCCUUCGCCAUAUCGAAUCGGUGGCUCUGUCUCUCCGUGAUACUCGCUCGACGAGGCCUCUGCACGCCGCCACAUCGCAUCCCGGUAGCUCGCACGUUUGCGCGCACAACACGCUUCUUCCAAAAACAAAACAAAACGGCACGCUACCUAGAAAAUCUCGAUUUUCAAAUGUGAACAGGCAACACUUGUCAAGUCAAAGUCCAAAAUCCAAAGUUUUAGUUCAGCAAGUCUGAAGUUUUAAAGUUCACAAAUGAAAUCUGACUAGAGUCAAGUCAUGUGACCGGAAUCCCCCGCCUGUGCCCCCUAGUGGUCCACGAGGUCAACGGCCAGGACGGCGUCCAUCUGCUCAGCGCCGCCGAGGUGGACGAGCUCAUCCUUAAAGCCGAUCAGGCGGACGU